AGCUUGCAUGGAAAAGAGUGAAGUUGAAAGAAGGACACUGGGCGAAAACUGGAUGUGUUUGAAGUGUGUUAAGUUUAUUUGAGUCUAGAAUGUAUUUCGUUUAACACUUGCAAAGUAUUACUGCGAAGGGAUACGGUUAUUUCACCGGAGAAAGUCAAACAAUGGAAUGUGUGUCGGUGUAGAUGAUUCCCUUCAUGCUGCUGUCUGAAGAGCCUGGGCAGGAAAAAGAGCAACAAGCAUGGAUGUGGAAGACUUUCCUCCCCCACCUCCUGAAAUGUUGGCAGACAGCGUCCCCUUCGCUGAUGAAGAAGAAGGGGAGGCCUUUGACUUUGACGACAGCGGUGAUGACAUUCCUGAGGCUGACUGUCCACCCCCUGCACCUCCACCUCCUUUAGCCCCCAGCAGCAAGGAACAGAGCCAGGACAAUAUGGUGGCCAAUCACCUUGAGGGCCCUAAAAGAGACUCCACAGCACCUUCAGCAACACCCAACACAGCUCCAUCAUCAAGAAACUCAACAGCUGCCACAGGCAAAUCCACCUCUGCAGGUGGAGCCACAGUAGACGGAGGCAGGACAUCUGCUCCUGGGGGAAUUGAUAUUAUCGACACAGAUUUACCACUUCCUCCACCCCCUCCUCUAAAUGAUGAGACAGAGACAGAUCCUGGAAGAGCAGACAUGGAGGGCCAGAAUGAGUCCAUCAGUGACCAUCAGACUGAGCCGCCAGUUCCCAGGAGCUCCUCUCAGGGCAAGGUCAAUCCUUACUCUGUAAUCGACAUCACUCCUCUACAGCUGCAGCAGCUGGAACAUCAGCAUGGACCCUCCUCUUCCCCUUCCUCACCAACAGAGCCCAAGGAAGGAGUUGGCGACACCCAGGGAGCUGCCCACACCAGCCCUGGUGGCAUCACUUCAGGAUACUCAGUCCCAGUUCCCUGCGGCUAUGCAACCCCCUCGGGUGUACCACUCAUCACACCAACUUACACCACACCAGUCAUCAUUCGACACCUCUCAGUAGAUGAGGAUGUAACUGUUGCUGGAAAUAGCAACACCUCUGCAGACAGUGUUUUUAGUGAGGAGUAUCCCCCAAUAAGAGAGGAGGAUGCUUUGGCUAAGUGGGCAUCCGAUCCUGCCAACACUGCAUGGAUGGAAAAUCCAGAUGAGGUGAUUUAUGAUGAUGUGCCCAGAGAGAACUCUGACUCCAACACAGAUCCAGAUGAGAUGAUCUACGAUGAUGUUGAACUCGGCGAAGAGGGUGGCUGCAACAGUUCCCUCGACAAUGGAUGGAGCUCCAGCGAGUUUGAAAGCUAUGACGAGGCCAGUGACGGGGAAGGCCGCCCUGAGAACGGCCUCCCCCAUGCUUUCAUGAGAGGAAAGCCACCCCAGAGAAAAACACAUCUCUCUCAAGAUCUGACACGCUUGAAAGAACACUAUGAGAAAAAGAUGAAAGAUCUAAUGGCAAAUACAGUGGGAACGGUAGAGCUGCAGCAGCUAAAACAGAAACACGAGCAGAAGAUGCAAAAGUUGGUGAAGGCAGCAAAGGAAGGGACCAAAGAUGGGCUUGAGAAAACCAAAGCAGCAGUGAAGAAGGGACGCUCGUUCAUCAAAACCAAGUCUUUCUGUCAUGAGAGGAAGUCGGCAUGUUUUGAGGACGAGGAGUCUGAACUCUUCAUUGAGGUGGACUGUUUCAAUGUUGAGCCAGUUCUGUGUCCUGCACCAGAGGGUCUUUCACAGCAACAGCUGGUGAGAAGAUGUAUACUGGGAUCUAUUUUGGAAAGUGAGAAGAACUAUCUGGAUGCACUGAAGAGAAUAUUGGAGCAAUAUGAGAAGCCACUGUCCCAGAUUGAGCCAAGGCUGCUGAGUGACAGGAAACUGAAGAUGACCUUCUAUCGUGUGCGUGAAAUCCUGCAGUGUCACUUCCUGUUCCAGAUCGCCCUGGCAAGCCGUGUGGCUGAGUGGGACAGCCUGGAGAUGAUUGGAGAUGUGUUUGUAGCAUCAUUCUCAAAGUCCAUGGUGCUGGAUGCCUACAGUGAGUAUGUGAACAACUUCAGCACAGCGAUGGCUGUGGUGAGGAAGACCUGUGCCUCCAAACCUUGCUUCCUAGAAUUCCUCAAGCAUCGUCAGGAAACCAGCGGUGACCGAGUGACUCUGUACGGCCUGAUGAUGAAACCUAUCCAGAGAUUUCCACAGUUCAUUCUGCUCCUUCAGGACAUGCUGAAGAACACUCCAGUGGGUCAUGCAGACCGUCUGCCCUUGCAGAUGGCCCUAACUGAACUGGAAACACUGGCAGAGAAGCUCAAUGAGAAGAAGAGGGAGGCAGAUCAGCGCUGUGAGAUACGUCACAUUGCAAAGGCCAUGAACGAACGCUACCUCAAUAAGCUUCUGAGUAAUGGCAGUCGCUACCUGAUCCGCUCAGAUGACAUGGUGGAGACAGUCUACAACGAACGCGGGGAAAUCAUCAAAACAAAGGAGCGACGCCUCUUCCUGCUCAAUGAUGUCCUCAUGUGUGCCACGCCCAAUAUACGAUCACAGGAUGGCAGUGGUAGCAACAAUGGCAAUGCCUCUCUUGACCAGAAGUUUCUCCUGAAGUGGAGCGUGCCUUUGAGCUUCGUGGAGGUGCUGGAGUUUGGAUCUAGCGAAGACAUUGCUGAGAACAGCCCCUACCCGGCACCCCAUUCUGGGGAGAAGGUGGUCAUCAACGCAAAACCAAACAAGCUGUACAUGGGCCCUGGUCAGCUGUACCAGGAUCUGCAGAACCUGAUCCAUGAUCUCAGCCUGGUGAACCAGAUCUCCAGCAUGAUCUGCAGCCUCAAAGGCAACUACCAGAAUGUAAAUUCCACCGUUGCCCAGGACUGGGUAUCCGGUCUCCAGAGGCUCAUAAUGAAGAAGGAGGAGGAAAUCAGGGCAGCUGACCGAUGUCGGAUCCAACUGCAGCUACCGGGCAAACAAGACAAGUCGGGUAAACCCACUUACUUCAGUGCAGUGUUCAACACUCUCAGCCCAGCCAUCAAACAGUCAUGGAUCAGUAAUUUGCAGAUGGCGAAGCUGGCACUAGAGGAGGACAACCUGCAGGGCUGGUUCUUUGCAGAGGAUGAUGGGAAUCACAUCAAGAAGCAGAAGCACCCCCUCUUACUGCGGCAAAUGCCUGUGGUCAUGUCAAAACUACAAGAGUUCAAGGUGGAAUGUGCUGUUCAUAACCCUGAGCCCCACAUCAACACAGAGAGCACAGCAGACACUCCUGUUGUGGGCCAUGGCUGUGUCUGGGUUGCAAGCUGCACCAACCAGAUGGGACAGAUAUCUAUAGUGGCCAUGCAGAACUCCAGCCCUAAGGUGACUGAGUGUUUCAAUGUCGAGUCCCGUAUCCUCUGCAUGGCUUAUGUCCCUGCAGAGCAGCCCCUGGAGAAUGGUGACAAUGUCCCUGAGAACAACCACAUUCCCACAACAAAGGCCAGUGAUACCCCCAGUGUCUGCCUGGGCAUGGAGGAGGGCAGCAUCAUUGUGUAUAAGAGCAGCCAGCGGUCCAAGAAAGUCCGUCUGCAGCAUUUCUUCACCCCAGACAAGUCCACCGUCACCAGCCUGGUCUACAAGAAACACUGCCUGUAUGCCGGCCUGGUCAGCGGCUCCGUGGCUGUCUACUCCAGAUCACAGGAUGGUUUGUGGAACUCUGAGAAACCCAAGGUGCUGAAGCUGGGAGUCCUCCCAGUCAAGGCUAUGCUGGCUGUAGAGGAGCACCUCUGGGCGUCAUCAGGUGGACAGGUCUUCAUCAUCAGCAGCCACACUCACUGUGUAGAGAGGCAGCUGGAGGCCCACCAGGAAGAGGGCAUGGUGGUGUCCCACAUGGUGGUGGCAGGGGUGGGGAUCUGGAUAGCCUUCAGUUCUGGAUCCACACUACGUCUUUUCCACACUGAGACCCUGGAGCACCUGCAGGACAUAAACAUAGCCACGCCUGUCCACAAUACACUGCCUGGGAACCAGAGAGUGUCAGUGAGCAGUCUGCUGGUCUGUCAUGGUCUUCUGCUGGUAGGGACCAACCUAGGGGUGACUGUGGCCCUCUCUGUCCCCAGACUGCAGGGGAUCCCCAAAGUCACAGGUCGGGGUAUGGUGUCUUUACAUGCUCACAACGGACCAGUGAAGUUUCUCACUGUGGCUGCAGCAGUGUGCAACCGGCUCUCUGGCCUUCAGUCUUCCAACCCUCCCACUUCAGUCCAAGCAACAGAGACAGAGGAUGGGGAGAACAGCCACCCCCCUUCGGAAUCUGCCCUGACUCCUCCUCAGGGACGAGGUGUGUGGCUAGGAGAGGCGGGCUGUACCACCAUGGCUCUCCAGGACUCCCUGUCCUCCUCCUGCGGCUCCUUAGCCCCAUCCCAAGGCUCGUUGGAGCACGGACCAGAGGAUGGGGCCCUUUAUGACAUGCUCCAUGACCCCGCUCAUCACCAGCGGAGUCGUCGGUCCAGCAAAGUGGACGUCAGCUCCCUGCUGGUGGUGUCUGGAGGUUUGGGCCACCGAAAGGUUAACAAAAAGACCAAACAGUCUCGGCAUGAGGACACCACGUCUACCAUCAUGAUCUGGCAGAUACCUUUACUCAACAUGUGACACAAAAGCAAGUUUGAACAAAAGUGCUGCUCGGGAGGAGUUUUGUUGUUACACUCCAUGGAACAUUUGGGAUCAAUCAGAGAAACUUAAUGCCUGUUUGAAACCAGAAGUGCAUCAAAAUUUUUCCACAGUUUUCUGAUGAUGUUUUUUAAUGUUUACUACCACAAAACCACAUCCAUAUAACCACUCUAUCAUGAUGUUUUACUGCGAAAACAAGCCCUACAGACCAAUGAAAGGAAAUACUGUACUUGUUAAGGAUAUAAUUGUUUAAAAACACUGAAAAGUCUCUAAUUCCCCCUCCUAUAAAGUAUUUUGUUGUCUGUAACAUGGUUAAUACAUUUCUCUCCAGUGUUAGUGCCAUCAAAGGUGACUGUAAAGGACUGCAGUAUUUAAAUCAGUGUUGAAAAGAAGUACGACUAAGGUAAUGAUGGGGUUUUAAAUCUGUUACAUUAAAGUAAUAUCAAGGUCAGGUUUAGGUUUAAGCCUGAUCUUAGAUAAUCUGUAAAGGCCAGAGUUGUAAAUAUGAAGUUCGACAACUCAGGAUUACAUGUGUAUGAGUUCUGGGGUCAGAGAAAGUGUCAUCGUUUGUAUGGAAUCAAGCUAUUUUGCUAUUGGACAAGCUUUUGGAUAAUUAGGGGUUAAAGAGGUGAAAUAAUGACUGAAACAGUUGGAGAAGGCUCGAUGAGAAGCUCUGGCUGGCCAGGUUUCUAUUCAAAAAGGGAUGUAAGAGUUGUUAUCAUAAGGAGAGAUUUUUGUUUCCCCUAAUGCAUCUUUGUUUCUCACUUAAAGAUAUUUAAAACACACAAAAAGCUUUAUACAUGUGUCACUAUUUGUUUGUACCUCUGCUAUUUGUAUUAACAUAUUCAUAAACGUUUAUUGA